CAAUAUCUAAAAAUCGAAGGUGAAACAUGGUUCGUAGACGAAACUGGCACGGCAGUAGUUUGGAUUGUGAACACAAAUAACGUUACCGUCAACAACAGCGGAAGUGGAGCAGGUUUUGUCGGGAUUCAAACCCCCACAACCUACUUCAUGAGCGUCUAUCUCUCACCUAUCGAAGGGAUUAAAUACAGUGGCAGUGAUCACCAGUUCGUGACAUUCAACGUUGCAUUGGCAUCUGCUCCGGUUUCACAACGCGACCUUUCUAAGCGGAAGUGGAAUGCCAGAAGGCUUGGUCUAGAGGCAUUGCGAGCUUCACUUCCACGGAGCUGGUCUAUCCUUCAGAACAACCCGACUUCGGAUGCCUGCAGCGAGACGGAAAAGAUAGUGCUAAAUACGAUGAAGGAGAUUACUGCCGCAUGUGAGGCCUUUAUGCCGCGGCUGAAAAAUCAGAGUUUCCACAGGCCGACGUACUGGUGGUCAACAGACAUAGCAUAA